CUCGAACCACGCAUGUGCUUUUUUUGUUCUUGAUGAAUCUCGCACAGCUAGCUUGAGAGUCGUAGUAACGACGUUUGUUGACUGAUGAAUGUUCGCCUUUCACCAUUCGUAAUGAAACGAAAGAGAUUUUGUUGAACGAAGCAACGAAUCGGACUUUCAUGACUUCUACAACACUUUGAGUGUUGAAUUUCACAAUGGCUACCACCAACAGCCCUGUUUGCGACAGAUGCGAGGAAAGUCCUGCGUUGUUCGAAUGUAACACUUGCUCGCCGGGAGAUGAAGUUUUCUAUCUCUGUAAUGGUUGUCACAGUCUAAUUCAUGUCGGAAAAUUCAAGUCACACGCAGUUAUAUCUCUCCUGGACAAGGCGAAACAAUCCAUACACGGCUGCGUGGAGAGGCUUCAAGAGAAGGAUGAUCUCAUUGCUGGUCAGCUAGACCGUGCCAAUAAUGCAAAGAAGCAGCUGCAGGAUUGUGAAAUCAUGGAGAACAAUGAGGAGGGGAAGAGAGUCGUCCGCAAGUUUGUAGUUACUGACGACAUCACCCUCCUGAACGGGGUGGUAUGCGCCGACGACGCGUUUUACCGCCCGGUGACUCACCCCUGCUGGUCGCACAUUGCCGAGACGGUGGGUCUGGGCAACGUCAAGAUGAGGAACCUGACGCCGCGCGCUGUCAAGGAAAGGGCCGAGCGGAUCGUGCGGCAGCAUCGUGCCGCCGACUGCUACAAGCACCGGCAGUCGGGCACGCCGGAGACGUACGCCGCCAAGGAUCGCCUCCUCGAGCAGGCAGCGGAGCUGUUCGACGAGGCGCGGUGCAACAAGGAGGCGCGGCGCAGCGGCAUCGGACAUCGGUACAAGCCAGAGGACGGCGCUGCCGUCGAGAGUCCGGCGGCAAGGGCACUGAGAAGUCCUCUCCUGUCGCCCGGCGACAAGAGGAAACCUGACGAGCAGGUGCCGACUGCUGACGCUGUAGCUACGAGUAUAUUAUUACCGCCCGUGGGCGGUGAGCUGAAGCGACCACGACUCCUGGACGGCAACACAGUCUCCGAGGUGAUACAGUAUCUGAAAGAGCGCGACGAGUUUGCCGAGGCGCGUCGCUGGGAAGAGCUGAGGCUGGAGCGGGAGAAGUUCGAGGCCAGCAAGGCCGAGCGAGAACAGAUGAUGACGAUCAUGUCAAAGCUGCUGGACAAGCUGCAGUAGGCGGUCAGACAGUCGUCACCGUGUGUUUCUCUACUACGGUGCCUUGGGGCUGCUAGGGACCAUGAGCGGUGUGUUCCAAUGGCUUAGGAUGGAACACUCUUGUGAGUACUAGUAUUGAUUAGUGCAGCUACCCGCGUGGUGUUGUGGCCAGCAGCUAUCUGCCAUAGCCCAACAGCCUGUUUGUCCAUGCGCAUAUCUGCGCGCCGUCGCUUUGUUGAUAUAUUUGUUUGAGAAUCCAAGGUGCAGCUACAUAUUUGUGUUGCAUGCUAGCUAAUGAUGAGAGAGAUUAGUGCCGAUAUAUUCCCUUACUUUGAAUAGGUUUAUUUUAUCUUCUCUCUUCUUCUUUUUUCCUUUUCGUAAUCAACACACUACAGAAUCAGCCGAAUCAAUAUUUCACAACGGAUUUUCUUUUUUUCUCCCUUUUCUUACUUCUCUGGCCUCUUCUCUUUUCUUGUUGGGUACUUCAGCAAUUGCCUUUCUGUUUGCGUUUGAUAUCUUGCCCUUCUGUUCAAGUGCUGCCAUCAGCUGGCUAUUGUAUAUCGCUAUGUGUGUGUGUGGGUGGGUGGGCGCGCGUGUGUCUGUGUGUGUGUGUAGAUGCACGUGUGCGUCCAUGCGUGUGUGUGUGUGUGUACGUGUACGUGUACUGUGUGUCCGCCUGUACUGUGUCCCCGGCGUUCAUGUGUUGUUUUGCUUGCUUGGCUUCGCUUGGCUUGAUUCAGUCAUCUUCAGUUUCCUUCAGGUGUUUUGUGGUCUCUAGAUGCUAAUGGCUCAGCAUGAAGUCUUGAGAACAAUUAGUGCAUAUACUUGA